AUGGAUGCCAAUGCCAAUGCCAAUGCCAAUGCCAAUGCCAAUGCCAAUGUCAAUGCCAGUUCUGAGAUUGAGGGGAUUGCCGAUGCCACCGCCAUCCGCAAUCUCCGCCACUACACGAUAGCAUCAAGUGCCAAAGACGGCCAUGGAAACGGCCGGCGAGCUCAACCCUUCCCGCAACGAAAUCCGACUGCUCCACCUCGACCCAGACCGGGCCUUUUUCGUCACGCUCAACCAGCUGAUCGGCAUGAGGGUGGCGGGGGGUGGCGCGUCGAAGCCGGCGACCAUGUCUUCGCCGCUGCCGGCGCAAGUCACCCGCUGCUGCUGCGGCCAUCGCGGCAGUAUGAAGACACGUGGACGGCCGUCGGCGAGUGCUAUCUCCACGGGUUCAUGCACGGGGCGGGCGUGGUGAACAUUAAGCUGUGCAACAGGUUCGAGGAGAUUGUGAGCGCCGAUCCGGCUGUGUAG